AUGCUUUCCGCCGCCCGUUCUCUCGCUCAACGCGGAUUUUCCACAUCAUCAGCUCUCAGCAACAAGGAUGUCUUCAUUGUUGGAGCUGCUCGCACACCCAUCGGAUCGUUCCGAUCGGCACUUGCCACAAAAACCGCACCAGAAUUGGGCGCAAUUGCUAUCAAGGGCGCUUUGGAGCAGGCAUCCGUCAAACCGAAUGCUGUCCAGGAGGUUUUCAUGGGAAAUGUCUGCCAGGCGAAUAUUGGACAGGCUCCGGCUAGACAAGCGGCUCUUGCUGCAGGAUUGGAUUUGAGCGUCGCCGUGACCACAGUGAACAAGGUUUGCUCAUCGGGAUUGAAGUCGAUCAUUUUGGCCGCUCAGCAAAUCCAAACUGGACAUCAAGAUGUUGCCAUUGGUGGCGGAAUGGAGAGCAUGUCGCAAGUUCCAUUCUACGUUCAACGCGGCGAUAUCCCAUACGGAGGACUUAAAAUGAUUGAUGGAAUUGUUAACGAUGGAUUGACUGAUGCUUAUGAUAAGAUUCACAUGGGAAAUUGUGGAGAGAAGACGUCGAAAGAAAUGGGAAUCUCGCGCGCUGAUCAGGACAAUUAUGCGAUAAACAGCUAUAAGAAAUCAGCGGAGGCUUGGAAGAACGGUCUUAUCAAGAGCGAAAUUGUUCCGGUUACUGUGAAAACUCGCAAAGGCGAUGUUGUUGUAGAUACUGAUGAAGAAUUCACGAGAGUUAACUUUGACAAAUUUGCCAGCUUGAGGUCUGUUUUCCAAAAAGAUGGAACCAUUACCGCUGGAAAUGCGUCAACACUGAAUGACGGAGCCGCCGCUGUCGUCGUCGCUUCUCCAGAUGCCGUUUCAUCGCAGAGCUUGAAGCCGGUCGCGAGAAUUCUCUCGUAUGGUGACGCCGCCACUCAUCCGCUUGAUUUCUCAAUUGCGCCAACAUUGAUGUUCCCAAGACUUUUGGAACGCGCCGGAGUCAAGCAAGCCGAUGUUGCUCAAUGGGAAGUGAACGAGGCCUUCUCGUGUGUGCCUCUGGCGUUUAUCAAAAAGCUCGGCAUCGAUGCAUCACGCGUCAACCCACACGGUGGAGCAGUGUCCAUUGGUCACCCCAUCGGAAUGUCGGGCGCUCGUCUUAUUACCCAUUUGGUGCACGUGUUGAAGAAGGGCGAAAUUGGUGUUGCUGCGAUCUGCAAUGGUGGCGGUGGUGCUAGUGGAAUGGUCAUCGAGAAACUUUAG